AUGAGACUGCAACCAUUAAAUCCAGUCAACUGUGAAGGCCUUCUGCAGCCUGGUUGUUCUUUUUUACAGCUUGAUGGUGAAGUUCUACUCUUUGGCCAAAAAGGAUGGCCUAAGCGCUCCUGUCCAACAGGAGUAUUUGGCAUCCGCUUGAAACGUGGUGAGCUCAGGUUGAGAGCGAUACAUUUCUCCAAUGACUCACAAUACCUUCCUCCUUUACGCUGUCCUGCCGUUUGCCGCCUCGAUCCACAUGAUGGACUUGCGGAGAGUUAUCUUAUCCAUGGCGGCCGCACACCCAAUAAUGACAUCUCAUCAAGUCUUUAUAGCCUUAGCGUGGAUAGUCGUGGCUGCAAUCGCAAACUGACCUUGCGCUGUAAGGAGAUAGAACUGUUAGGAGACGUGCCAAGUGCUAGAUAUGGCCACACGGUCAGUGUGGUUCAAAGCAGAGGCAAGACAGCAUUUGUAGUUUUUGGCGGAAGGUCAUACAUUCCAGAAAAGGAGAGGACCUCUGAGAAAUGGAACAGCGUCAUUGAUUGUCCUCCUCAAGUGUUCUUGUUCGACAUGCAAUUUGGUUGUUGCUCUGCUUACACUUUUCCAGAGCUCAGUGAUGGCCUGGCUUUCCAUGUGGCCCUUGCAAGAGAGGACCGUGUUUAUAUACUUGGGGGUCACUCAUUAAAAUCUGACAGCCGGCCGCCUCGGCUCUUUAAUCUGCACGUCCAGCUUCUGCAAGGUUGUCCGUUAGUCUCCUGUGAGCUCCUCGACUUUGGUCUGUCAAUCUCAAGUGCUAUAAUAACUCGCACAGGCCCCUCUCACGAAUAUAUGAUUUUAGGAGGAUAUCAAUCCAACUCUCAGAAAAGAAUGGAGUGCAGCACUAUCAUUCUAAAUGAGAAAGGGAUUCACAUAGAACCUCAUGAACCACCAAAUUGGACCCCAGAUAUUGUUCAUAGUGAAACUUGGUACGGUGGUGCUGCAGGGGAACAAAGUAUGUUGCUAGCUGUACCAACUGAGGGAAGAUCAUGUCAAAAAAAUAUGUAUUACUUCUAUCAAGUGAACUUCGAGAAAGAGGUCGACACCAAAGAAGACACGCAAAACCAACAAGACUGCAGCCAGGAGAUGACAGAUUACGAUAAUUCUACUCCUCUUGAAGAUUCAGAGGAGCUUUAUUUUGGCCGUGAGCCUCAAGAGCUGGUUGACAGUAGUGAGGGUGAAGAUAAUACCUACAAUGAGAAAGAUGAGGAGGAUGAGUCACAAUCAGGCUACUGGAUCAAAUGUUGUCAGGGUUGCCAACUUAAUCCUAAUACAUGGGAGCCAUUUUACUCCACUGAGCUCCAUCGGCCAGCCAUGAUCUUCUGCUCUAAAGGACGGGCAGGUCACUGGGUCCAUGCCCAAUGCAUGGAGCUACCUGAGACACAGCUCCUCAAGCUCUCCCUAGGCAACAAGAAAUACUUCUGCCUUGAACACGGGGGUCUUCCUAACCAGGAAGUAACCCCACCUCGAAAAAUCAUUCCCCCAAAACGUACCCCUUUAAAGGUUAAACAAAGGAAAUUUCGUACAACUCUCAAGAUCUCCAAAGCUAAAAAAUGUGUUUUUAGAAAGCUUUUUGAUUAG